GGUGAACAAUAUGAAAAAACUCAACUGAAAAAAUUGUUUGAAACAACCCCUUCAAGGAAACAGUCACCAAUAUCUAAUCACAAUGGUUCCUAAAACUAUUCAGGUAGGUGUUGUCUGAAACUCUCACAGGUGUGAAAGUGAGAUCUGGUCACAAUGGCACCAUAACGGCUGCAUCACAAGUUCACACAUUUUUCAGUUUCAGAUAACACCUACCUGAAUAGAUUAAUUGAACUACCAUUGACCAUUGAUGGUAUUUAUUUUUUGUGUAAUUUAAGUAUGAAAUAAUCCCCCCCCCCACAUACCAGACAAGCAGGUGGAAGAUUAGCAUCUACUUUGUCUCUUGGCCCAGAUCCCCAGCACCACCCCUUGACCCUCCCCAAUACAAACUCCAAUAGACACAUUGGUCAGUCAGAGGAUUUACAUAUUUUUUCUUAAAAAUUUUUAGGUAAACAGGUUUGGGGAGGCUUAGCCUCCCCAAGCCUUAAUGAAAAUCUGUGAGUGUUCAGAUAGGUCUGUGUAAGUAUGAAGCCUACUAAAAAAACAAGAAAAACCUGUUUGUGCAGAUAAGACUAUAGAGGAGGGAAGGAGAAAGCUAUUUUGUGGCAUCAGUGUAACCAAGGCACGGAAGUCUGGGGAAUGAAAGUCUGAAGGAACACUGUUACCAAUAUUAAAACAGUCACUUUCCUUCCAGCCUAACAAUAUUUUUUAUCAUUAAACAAAUUGUCAGACGAACACUAUUACAAACGUGGACUAAAGAAGCAGAAACGUGACUUUUCUUUUUGAAGCCCAACGAACACUAUUACAAACGUGGACUAAAGAAGCAGAAACGUGACUUUUCUUUUUGAAGCCCAUUAGGUGAAUCCAUCUUGUUCCUAAUGAGGAGAAAGUUCCAAAGCUUGAAGACAAAACAGCAUAGAGACUCCCAUGGCUAUAAUAAAGCCUAGAUCUGUUGCAGUUUUAGUAGUAACAGCAUUUUUCCUUCUGAGCUUCAUGUGGCACAGGAAAAGAGUUCAGGUGUCUUUACUUCAUAUAUUUUGUAACUGCACUGGACCUUUACAAGAGAAUGUAACCUUCCCGGAAGUACCAAGUGAACUGCAAGUUAAAAUAAAUGACAUUUUUAACAGAAUUCAAAAACUUAUCCCAAAUGUUACUCUCUCUAACUUGAACAUAGCAACAAAUGGAAAGAACAGUAAAGCAUUUAUAGUAAAUUCAAGGGAAAAGUAUUGUGUUGGAGAGGAUCUUGUAGUUCAGCUUGAUAUGUAUGACGCACUAGGCAAUAGGAAAACAUAUGGAGGAGAUUUUAUAUGGACUCGAAUAUUUUCUCCAGAAUUGAAUGCAGCCAUCUCUGGAAGAGUAGAAGAUUUUUACAAUGGAACAUAUCAUGUUCAUUUUCCUUUGCACUGGCAGGGGAAAAUCAAGUUCUCUGCCAUGUUGUUUCACCCCAGUGAAGGAAUUUCAGCUCUAUGGAGGUCUAGACAUGCCAGUUUAGGAGUUAUCGGUUUUAAUGGCAGAUUUGUACAUCUAAAGGAACAAGCUAUUACAACGUGUGGAUUUAAACUUCAAACAAAGGAAGAGGUUUGUGAGUAUCUGGAUCCAGAUGAUGAAGAGGCCUUCUAUUGUAUCAAACCGAAAAAUCUACCUUGUGAGAGCCUGCAUGACAUGAUGGCUAUUGACCUGCAUUCAUCAUAUCUCAGUAAUGAGGAAAAACAACUCUUUCAAAGGUCCAACAUUGGAGUGGAAAUACCCGCUAAUUUUGAAUUUGUAGAUGUAGUGGAUUGUAACAAAGUGUCUUCAGCAAAACCAAAUUGUCAGACGGGUAUGAACUCUCCAUUUCCAAGUGGCUACUUUUACAAUGGUGUCUGGAACCCAGUUUAUUGCAACAUGUCUAACUACAAUAAUGCAGAAAGCUUAACCAAGUGUCUGCAGGGAAAGAAGCUUUUUCUCAUUGGAGAUUCAACACUGCGCCAGUUUAUUAUGCACUUUACAGAAGGCAUUCAAAUUGUUAAAUACUUUGGAUACCAUGGAAGGCAAUGGCAGUCUUGGGAGGAGACACUUCUGGCUAUAAACAUUGAGAAAGAUAUUUAUGUCUCGUAUAAAAGACAUGGAUUCCCUCUAGAGAGCUUUAUGUUCUAUUACUUUAAAGAGGACAAAUACACAAGCCGUCAAAUUGACCAACAAGGUGGAGGGAAAGACACCAUAUUUGUUAUCACCAUCGGACAGCACUUUAGGCAGUUUCCGCUUCAGCUUUACAUCAGAAGAGCCAUCAACAUCCGAAAAGCCAUAGAACGGUUGUUUAUUAGGAGCCCUGAAACAAAAGUUAUAAUCAAAACUGAAAAUACCAGAGAAAUUAAUGCUCCUGUUGAAAGAAUUGGGGAUUUCCAUGGGUACACUCAGUACCUGGCACUGAGGGAAGUAUUCCAAGGAAUAAAUGUAGGCUUUGUGGAUGCUUGGGAUAUGACUGUCUCAUCAGCUAUAGCAACAGUUCAUCCUCCAGGGAACACAUUUCAAGGAAUAAUGAGUUUGACGUUUACAUUUGCUUGUUCAUAAGCACAACAAGUCAUUUUCACAACUAAAUUUUUAACCUUUCAACACAUUAAUAUAUUGCUCAUUAUGCCACUUAUUUAACAUAAUAAUCACUAAUAUUAAUAAUCGAGUAUGCUGAAGAAAGGAAUUUGGCAGGAGAGUACACAUCACAUUCUUGUUUAAAUGCAGUUUUACAGCUUAUGAGUUUUAAAUAUACAUAUUUACAGGAUAUGUUUGUUUAUGUGAAAUUAAAGGGGUUUUUCACCUUCCAAACACUUUUUUCAAUUCAGUUGUUUUUUUAGAUUGUUCUCCAGAAAUAAAGACUUUUUUCA